AUGGUGUGUAUACAUGAACUGACAGUGAGACCAAAAGAAAAAAAACACUCUCUCUUUCCACCUCUCUCUUUCUUCACACCUCUCUCGCCACCUCUCUCUUGCCCUCUUCGCCUCUCUCUAUCCACCUCUUUUCACCUCUCUCUCUCACCCUCUUUUCACCUCUCUCUCUCACCCUCUUUUCCACCCUCUUCCACCUCUCUUUCCUCUCUCUUUCCACCCCUCUCAUUCCACCUCUCUCUCUCGCCAUCUUUGCGCCUCUCAUUCCACCUCUCUCUCUCGCCAUCUUUGCGCCUCUCUUUCCACCUCUUUCUCACCAUCUUUCUCUCUUUCCACCUCUUUUCUUUCCUCUCUCUCUCUAUCUCUCUCCAUCUCUUUCCAUCUUCUCUCUCUUUCCACCUCUCUCUCUUUCCACCUCUUCACACCUCUCUUUCCUCUCUCCCUCUCUCUCGCCCUUUUUCGCUUCUCUCUCUUUCCACCUCUCUCUCUAUCUCUCGUCCUCUUCGCGCCUCUCUUUCCACCUCUCUCUUGCCCUCUUUGCACCUCUUUUUCCACCUCUCCCGCUCUCUUUCCACCUCUCUCUCGCCCUCUUCGCGCCUCUUUCCACCUCUUUGCAUCUCUCUUUCCACCUCCCCAUGA